CCGUAUUUGUGUUGCCAUUUUAGGUCGGAGUUGAGCUAACAUCUGACAGAUCAACGAGUCGGCAAAUACCAGCUUCCGCCGGAGAAAUUAUUAGAAGAAAUUUGAGAAGGGACGGGUGACAUAAUUUUCAUGCAACUGAAAUGUACGUCAUCGCUCGUUCAAGAUCAAGCACGAAGAUUUGAAGUUGAACAAUAUAAUUCUGCAAGUCAUCUUUCGUGCAUGUUAGUUUACACAGGUUUAUUAAAAAAAGCGGAAGGGCAUUAAUCGGAAGAAUAUCAAAGCCGAACUGCUGUUCUGCCCACGCUGAAAGUAUAUAUACUUUGAUCAAUAUCUGGGGUAUAUACGUAUGCAAAUUACGCGACUUUGUGAUCAGUGAUCUUGAAAAGCAAUUGAAUAAUAAACACGAGGUCAAUCGAGUAGAUACAAGCUGUAGAUUAUGGCUUUCAUAGGAAAAGCGGGCAGAGUUGCCGACGCCGUGAAGAGAAGUCCUAAAGUACUGCGAAAAAAAAUCGAAAGAAAGUUUGGUAGCCACGAAACAUUACAAGAAGACUGGCUACAUGAAAAUGAAGCAUUGGUUGAUGGUAUUUCGUUCUUUGUGAAGUAUCUUGGGUGCGCCCCAGCGGUAGAGGCCCAGGGUCAGGGUGUGACCGACGAGGCAGUGAAAAGGUUGUUAGCAGAGGCGAAGAUAAAGAAGUCUAAAGGAGAUAUGAAGCUUCAAAAGGUUGUUCUCACAGUCACACCAAAGGAAAUCAGGAUACUCGACUUCGUCACAAAAACACCAUUGGAAGUCACUCCAAUUUUUCGAGUAUCGUAUUGUACAGCUGAUCCAAAUGUUCCCAAAGUAUUUGCAUUUAACUCAAGGGAAAAACAAAGUCUUCAGAUCAGAUGUCGCGCAUUUUUAUGCACGAAACCGAAAAUAGCCAAAGCCAUUGCUUUAACGGUCGCACAAGCCUUCAAUGUUGCAUUUGAAGCAUGGGAGACGAUGAAAGAAACGAAAGCAAAAGAAACGCCAAAUGUUGUUCCUCUCAUCGAAACGACUCCUCCGUCACCACACACGAACGGUUCUCCAGGAACGUUUAACACUUCUGCUGUUCACACUGGUCGAAGAUCAUCAGAACCUCUUAAUGAUAAACCUGAUAACAAUUCUGGCAGAAGUUCUUCAUUCUCAUCUCUACCUUCAGUUCAACUAACGCCUCCACCAUCGAGAAGAAAACAGAAAUCUCUAGCAUUGGAUUUUUCAUUGGACAAUGGAUUCGACGAAGAGUUCACAAAGCUCGCAAAGUCCAGAUCUAAUCCACACCUUUUGGACAUUGGCUUUGAGAAGGAGGAGAUCCGUAAUGGAGACUGGGCUCCAUUUUUGGAUAUUGCUCAGAGCGAAGAAGAUCUCUUCUUGUCGAAGUCGUCAGAAGAUUUAAGCAAAAUUCAUAUUUAAAUCUAAUAAAAGCUUGCUUAGAAUAUUAUUACACUCAUUACAGAUAUAUAUUAGCGUUGCAGUUUUUGAACUGAAUGCAUGUACAUUUUAUAAUACAGCCGGGGCAGAGGGAAGCACUGUAAAUCUAUAUAUAUUGAACAUGUUAAAAUUGAAAAGGAUGAUACAAUGACGGUAUAUAAAAGCCUAAAUUCAUGUGAAACUGCAGCUUCUAAAUGUUCUAAAAGAACUUAUAUAAGAUUACGAUCCGGUACAGUUCCUAAACACACUUUUGUUAAGCGCGAUACAUUAUUUAUAUAAUGCAAGGUAUAUUAAAGAGUAUUUGACCAAUUAUUGAAAUGUAAUAACUUGAUAUACAAUUAACACAACAAUUUGUAACAUAUAUAUGUACUUUUAUAAACAAAAUCAAAUAUAUAAUAAAGGCAUGAA